AGGACGACGCUCUAAGCGGCAUGAGCCGCCGUACUUACGAUUCCCGACAUCCUUACCGCUUCUCGACUUAUACAUCCUCGCCACUCUCAUAUGUCGCUUUUAUAUUCCAACUCGACUCCUCUCUUUUCUCACAUGCAUACAAACACACACACACACACACGCACGCACGACGUACAGCACCGACAUUUCCUUCUCUCUCAUCAGUCGAUGCCUACCCACCUCACUAUACUAGCCCACAGAGGGCACUGAAUUUCAUUUUGUCUCUUUACAGGCGACGGCG